AUGAUAGAACCUUCACGGCGAUUUUCAACUCAGUUGGAAGCACCUCCUUUUGAAAAGACCACUAUUCUUAAGCCGCUUGUGGUAGAGUUUCGAGGGGCCCAACAAUUUGUGUAUCCCGAAAUUCAGGCCAAAAUUAGACCAGGGUUCUUCACAUUGGAUGGGAAAUGGACCUGCUACCGACGGAAUUAUUUCGCAGUUGACUGCAGCUUUGGUCUCCAUCCUUGGCCAUCGACAGUGCCUCUUUUCAUCCGUCUUUAUGACCAGAUUCUGGAACCAAUUAAGGGAUUUGGAAUGAGCAUCUCUGUAAUCGUGGACGGAUCCUGUAACGAAACAUGCCCCUUGAUACAACACACGCCAAAACGAGAUAAGCAGUCCGAGCGAACACCCGGUCCAGUGAUCCUACAGCCGAUGCCACCACCAUCGCUCACCACCUGCUCAACUGGAGCUGGUGAGUAUGGCGGCUUCGCUCUCAGUUCACCGUCUCUAAACUAUAACCUUGGGUUCGCAGAACCAUCGCAACCCUGUCAACCUCCCACUUCGCACCUCUUCGAACGGAUUCAAUUCCAAAAGGCCACUGCCAACAACGGCAAACGCCGUGCUCAACAGCAAUAUUAUAAUCUGGUUGUGGAGCUUUACGCCGAGGUACCACGUGGCGAAGUGUCAGACUGGGUACAAAUUGCCCGUCGACAUUCGUACCCAAUGGUAGUGUGA